UACCCACUCUCUGGAUGGGUCCCUGGGGAAGAUGGAAAAACAUUUGCUCACACACUGCCCUGUCAGUGAGUAAUUUUCAGAGACGCAGCAGUUUUGGAUUCUGGUUUUAAGGAGGUAAAGAUCUGAACUUUUAACCUGAUGCCAUCACCCCAAGAGUUGUUAGCUCUCCGGACCAUGGGCAAAACAUAAAGGGUGUGUGGGUGAGCUUUUUAAUCAGAGGGCAAGAAGGUGCGGCAGCUUCUGGCAGGUAAUUACCCACUGUCUAGAAGAAGCCUGGUUUUAUAGUUUUCCCUUUUUGGACCCUCUGGGGUUAGUGUACAAAGGGAUCCUGUUUGAUAAAAGCAUGCAUUGUCUCCAUGGAGACAGUGGUAUGCAACUGGUAUUCCGCAGCCUACAAGAGCAAGGUUGAACCAGCGGAGUACACUAGUCAAAGCCACUGCUUGGAGGCACACCGCUGGCAAACCAGACCUUGUCCAGAGGAGAGGGGCGAAGACAAUGUGGACAGUGGAGAAAGUGUAUCUGAUGGGGAAAAAGGAUUACACCAUGUGUGACCCAGGCAUGGGAAGCAUAGGGGCAUGGCUGCGACUGUCAGGCAUUCCAGGCAUUGAAACUUGAUAAAAAGAAAAUGGCUUGCUCAGUCUGGCUUCAGAUCCCCUGGUUAGGACAGAGAUGGGCCUCAACAGAGCCCAGCCAUCGGCCCUCGACAGGCAGUGUGCUGGCCGUCAGUGCGAGCAGAGGUUAUGAAGGGAGCGGCGGCGCCUUCUGGUGCAUGCCUCUGGGUUUCCAUGUGUGGAGGUGAGAGGUACCUCCAGUAAGCAUCUGAAGGUGGUAGCCUGUGAGGCUGUAGUAGAGCACUAUACCAAGCCAGGGCCAGGUUUUUCAAAAAUUGAAAUGUCAUUCAUGCCUGAUGUUGGGUCAUCUUGGAUGCCCUUAUCCAGUCUUAAAGGAACGGUGAGGAUUCGGAGAGCUGAUGGUAACCCUCCAAAGCCACCACUGCCAACCCAGCCCUUUGUAUGGGUUAGAGUACAGUCCUCAUUCUUAGCAAGAUGAUGCUACAUGGUGCCAUUUAACACAAGGGUCUCAUAGCUGAGCGCUGAGAGUCCUCCUCGCUCCCCCAGCCUGCUUCUCUCGAACAAUAUAUUAACUGGACAAUCAUUGGCAGUAGCCAGUUAUUACGAGUUUAACAUGGGCUGGAGAGAUGACUCAGAGGUUAAGAGCUGCUCUUCCAGAGGUCCUUGGUUCAAUUCCACUGCUCCCACAUGAUGGCUCACAACUAUCUGGUAAGUCCGGUUCCAGGGACCAGACACCCCUUUCUGGCAUCCAAGGAUGUCAGGCGUGCAAGCAGUGCACAGACAAACACACAAGCAAAACACCCAUACAUAAAAUAAAAAUAAAAAAAAAAAAAAGGAGAUGGCGGACUCAUCCAGCCCGGAAGGGAGGAAGGAAGGAGCCGAGCCCAGCCUGGAUGGCCGAUGCGAGGCUUGGCCAAGCAUCAAAUGGCCUUCUGAUUACCCAGCCAUGUGAGGUGGCAGAUCCAGUUUGCACCCUGAAGUGACGGGGGUGAGUGAGUGCCCCCCAGGUGUGAUGCAGAAGGAAGAAGUGACAGCUCCACAAAAGGCGGGGCUUCCCGAGAAGUGAGGGCGGGGAGAGAGGUCAAGCGUGCGGACUUGCUCCUCCAGACCCUCUGUGCCCUCUUCCUGCUGCCAUCCAGCCCUAUGUGUCCCAAGGCGUCCCUCCCAAAACCACGGAGGAAACUCUCGCACUCCUCUCUCGACUCCAGCCCAAGGAUGGCUUAGCUGCUACACCACCUGUCUCGCACCUAAUUAAUUAAUUAAUUGGGGACAAGUGCAGACGGAUUGCCUGUUUACCUGUGUGGCUCACAUCACAGGCCUUGGCUCCUUACAGCUAUGCCCACUAAGAAACCUACGUGUGCUGUAGAAGGCGCCUCCUGGCAGGAUUUCACCCUUUAUGUUUUCAUAAUGCAGCAUGUUUUUUUUUUCAUUGCAUUUACUUAUUUGUUUAGCGCUCUGUAAGCGCUAACCCUCAGUUACAUGUAUUUGCACGAGGCAAACAUUAUACAGUCUCAGGGUUUCGGGUCUGUGUGGUCUGCUACGAGCAAAUCAGUAGGAUAUUCAGGUGGCCUGGGCGAGUCACUAGAAGCCAAGCACAGGAAAAAGAAACAUGGUUGUUAGUUGGCACUAAGGCCCCGGGGAGUGGGAGAGUACAGGUGGCCUCUUAGAAACCCUGCUUGAGCCUGGAAGUGAGGCCUACCAAGGGCAGUGUCUGCUUUGACUGCCACAAGCCACCUGCCCCGCCCAGCUGGCCUCUGUCCCUGUUCUCUGUCUGGGACCACUCUGGGCUCAUGAUUAGUGAACCAUGUCUCCAGGUCCUCCACAAUCAAGACGUGGCCUGCGUGUGCUUUGGACUGCAUAGGGCUGGGUUGAGUCCACUGUUCUAUCAUUGGUGUUCUCAAUGGUUGGGCAGGUACCUUGUCUAUUCCAAAUCUUAGUGUCAUCUGAAAAAUCAGGAUAAGCCAUCACAGGGAAGAGGUGGGUAAAAACCACUUAGCACAGUGCCUGGCCCAUGCCACAGCUUCCUCCCAAGUCCUAUGAGGUCUUGUCCACUGGGAUCUAGAUUGUCCCACCCAUCGGGGCAGAAGAAGAGAUUCCUUGUCUCCCCAAGCUGAGGACAAAGCUGACCUUCUGGCCCAAGCCAGUUUCAAACUUGUCCUGCAGCAAGUGCCCAGACAGGAGAGCAGGGUGAGGCCUCUAGACAAAAAAAAGUCUCUUGAGAGACCCUCUUCAAUGUUUUGGGUGGUUUAGGACCCCACAGAGACUAUACCCCCGAUGCCCAUGUGCCCCACCCAGUGACAUCACUGGAAUGGAAGCACCUCAGAUGGCAUCACCGUUGCCCAGGCAACACCUCCACCUUACGGCAGACAGGAAGGACACAAACCACCCUCAACUGUAAGACACAUGUUGCAAGACAGGGACCCAGAAGAUAUAGCUGCCACAGGAGCACCACAGCCAUGGCCAUGGGGCUUUUCCGAGUUUGCCUGGUGGUGGUGACGGCCAUCGUCAACCACCCACUGCUGUUCCCUCGGGAGAACGCCACGGUCCCCGAGAAUGAGGAGGAGAUCAUCCGCAAGAUGCAGGAGCACCAGGAGAAGCUGCGGCUGGAGCACCUGCGCCUGGAAGAGGAGGUGUCGCGGCUGGUGGCCGAGAAGGAGGCCCUGCAGCAGGCAGAAGAAGAGGGCCAGCAGCAGCCGGAGGCUCACACCGCCUGGGACCUCUGGAGCACUCUCUGCAUGAUCCUCUUCCUGAUCAUCGAGAUAUGGCGGCAGGACCACCAGGACGGGCCCUUUCCAGAGUGCCUGGGUGGAGACGAGGAUGAGCUGUCUGGACUGGGGGGUACCCCACUGCGGGGCCUUCCCCUGCCCAAGAAAGCCACCCUGGACCACUUCUACGAGCACUGUAUCCGGAGUGCCACGGGUGACGCCACCCGUACCCGGGAGUUUGUGGAAGGCUUCGUGGAUGACCUGCUGGAGGCUCUGAGGAGUGUCUGCAACCGAGACACUGACAUGGAGACGGAGGACUUCAUUGGCGUGGGUAGCAUGUAUGAAAACUGGCACGUGGAGAGGCCACUGCUGUGUCACCUGUUUGUGCCCUUCAUACCCCCGGAGCCCUACAGCUUCCACCCAGAGCUCUGGUGCUCCAAACUUUCGAUGCCCCUGAAUUAUCAGGGCUACGGGCAGAUCAAGGUGACCCCGGCUGGUGGGGACCCUCUGGGCUGUAUCUGUGGCAAGACUAAGCUUGGAGAGGACAUGCUGUGUCUCCUCCAUGGCAAGAGUGGCGGGGGACAGCCUGGCGCUGGUGGGAGGGAUGAGAUGGAGGACUUGCUGUGCUCCAAAGAGUCCUCAUAUCUAGAUGCUAUGCAGGUCAUGAAGUGGUUCCAGGUGGCCCUCACCAAAGCCUGGCACCGCAUCGCCCACAAAUACGAGUUUGACCUUGCCUUUGGCCAGCUAGACACCCCAGGGUCUCUCAGAAUCAAGUUCCGCUCAGGCAAGUUCAUGCCCUUCAUCGUGACACCUGUGAUCCAGUGUAAGGACUCAGACCUAUACUUUGUCCCACAACUCCCCAAGGAGCCCUGCAGGGGCACUCCAGCCUCCAGCACCGACUGGCUCCUGUCCUUUGCUGUCUAUGAGCUACAGUUCCUCCGCAUGACUGCGAAGGCUCUGCCGGAGGGCGCCUGCCACCUCAGCUGUUUGCAGAUUGCCUCCUUCUUGCUCUCCAAGCAGAGCCGCCUGACAGGCCCCAGUGGGCUGAGCAACUACCACCUGAAGACCGCCCUGCUGCACCUCCUGCUGUCCCGGCGGGCUGCUGACUGGAGGGCCAACCAGCUGGAUGUGCGUCUGCAGGAGCUCUUCUGCUUCCUGGAGAGGAGCCUCCUGGAGAAGAAGCUCCUUCACUUCUUUGUGGGCAACCGGAAGGUGCCUGAGGCGCUGGGACUCCCAGAGGUCGUGCGGAGAGCUGAACCUAUAAACCUCUUCCGGCCCUUCGUCCUGCAGAGGACUCUUUACCACAGCACGGUGAACUCGUUCUAUGAAAUGCUUAAGAAUGCCCCGACGCUCAUUAGCGAAUACUCCCUCCAUGUCCCUUCGGACCGUGCCAGCCCACCACCAAAAGCUAUCGCCUUGUAGAGCGUGAGAUUCUAGGUCCGGGGGAGAGCAUCCCGUGUGCCUACCUAACUGGUGCAGGAAAACGCAGCAGGCCUGGAGGGGCGCUGAGGUUCAGCUUGCUGGGAAGCCAGGUCCUGCAGAGUGAAGGAAACAGAAUUGCAACUGGACACGGGUCUGCCUUUCUGCCGCAGGGGCUUUGUUGGUGAAACCGUUGUUUGGGUUUGGGCACCGAUCCUUUGUAGCUUAGAUCACUAUGAAUGACCAAGACAGUGAUGGGACAGUCCUGGGUACCGAGUUAGAGAGAAAGCAAGCGCUGAUGUGAAUGAAAUCCUGUUUUUGGACCACAGUCUAUCCUGUGCCUCGUAUCAAUAGAGAGGAUCUACUAGGAUAUUGCCUGGGAUCGGAUUAAGACUCAACACUCUAUUCCAGCAACUCCUGGCAGCUGAAUCAUGAAUGGGGAGAGAUGUGGGAAUUCACAGCCUUUGAACCACAUCGUGCACAACAAUAGAGGUCCCACAGGAGGUCCCCAUUUUUUAAUACUAUUUGGCAAAAAGAACCUGGCAGCGGUCCAGGUGGCUAUGUCUCCAUUACACAGAAAUGGGUACUUGGUGGUGGAGAGUCUAAAACUGGCUAGUUUUUCAGCCACACAUCUUACUCAGGUGCACACCCUCUCCCUGUCCCUUGUACCAGGUCCUGACCACCGUGGGUACCAUUUACCACAUUGGGUGCUGGCUCGGAAGCCCCUCCCAUCCCCAUAGCCGCUCUCACUGAGCAGCAGUGUAGGGGCACAGACACUGGUGUCUGGCUUGCACUUUGGCCCACUUUGGAGAAUGUUACAGGACUGUGGCGAAGGGUUAUGAUAGCCCUAAGCUGUCCUCGGGGUCCUGGUCUUAGGGAGGGUGGGUUUAUAAGCCAGAGGCGCUAUAGAAACCCAGCUCCCAGUCCACAGGCCCAAAGCAUCUGCCAGUUCCUAACUCCAAGAGGGCUUCGCCCGCAGUACAUAGCCAGGCUUCUCUGCUCAGGCCUUGCUGACCUCACGGGUGACCCAGACUGAAAGAGCAUGGACUCACUGGGGAUCUAUGUGGCCACUGCAGACUCAGCCUGGGAACUGGAAGGAGAGUCGUGGGCCCCCAGACAAGCCUCAGAGCCCGAGGCUGGAGCUGGACUCCUGUCCAGGCCCGUGUCAGGAUCCAGCGGCCUCUCCUCCACUUGAACGUGAUGGACUGUGUGAGUCAGUCUCCACAUCUCCUUAGUAACUUGGACAGUGGACCAAAGAAGAAGCGCAGAUGAAGAACAAGGCGGCAACCACUAGGCCUCCGGAAGCGGAGACAGCAAAGCCUUGCAGGCAUCACAGCCAGGCUUCCUGUGGCUCCACGCAUACCUCACCCGGCCUCGGAGAGCUCCAGGAGACCGACCAUUUAGGCACCAAGCUACUGCCCACAGGGUAACCAGAGACCAUAGGAUGCCUGACUGUAAGCAGGAGUUAGACUGAGCGUGUGUGGUCCGCCCCUUCACAACUUCAAAGUGGCCAUCUAGGGCCCUAUAAACAGCCUACUCAAAGUGUGGCUCUGUCUGCGCCCCGAGCCUCCUUGACGGAUAGGUACCUCCCAGAGUCGGGGCAGAUGUCAUCUGUGCCUUGUCCGGGUCCGUUCGUAUCCCGCUGUGUUUCAAAGAGCCCAGCAACCGAGAACGAGCCUCCAGAGGCCAAGACCACGCCUGACCGUCUCAGCUUCCUUUCACUUCUGGGAGAAAGGUCACAGGAUGAAGGCGGCUGGCUUCUCGCUUGCCGGGGCACUUGGCGGGAACAGGAGCCUGUGUUGUACCAGGUCUGCUUCUGAAGCGGCAGGCUCUUGGGGUCUCGCGCCGCCUUAUUUAUAUUAAAGGGAGAAUUAAAUUCUCA